AUGACCACAAAGGCAUCCCUACCCAGCACUCGCGUCGCCGCUACCCUUCCAGCCCUUUCUCUUCGACAGAUUCUCCUCGUACAUCUCAUCGUAUUUCAAGAAGCGGUCUUCGGCUACCAUGUCCGUGACUUCAAUCUGAUCAGAUGGAUUCAGGAGGCUACCCAUACAAGCUUUCCUGUAGGCCUCUUCAUACGGGACAAUGAAUCGGACCUGAGACUCCCCGACACGGCACGACUCAACUCAGAUGGGGUAUAUCGGGCUUGGGUCAUGAGGAACCACUGUGACACAUUUUGCGCGGUUAUGCAGCGUUUCGUAAAUCGGCACCUAGACGAGUUUCUUGGGCUCAGCGACCCGACUAAAUGGAUGCGUUUCCUUGCCAUACCCCAGCUUCGUCUUGUCUCGGAUACAGAGAAUCUUUCCAGUAUUAUCGGUCACUCUGUUUUGUUGAUAACUGACGGCAACGGUGAGAAGCACAUGUUCGAUGGCAUUAUCGACCAAUACGGACGGGAUUGGAAAAAGCAUUGGCUUAUGACAAAGGAAGAACUUAUGAGGAGCCAUAUGAACUUGGGUCGAGGUUUGAAAAAACGCCCUGAAGGAGAGGCGGCCGCCCUUCGUGCGAGACUAGAUGGUGGAAAAUACCAACACGGAUACUGGGCUGUCGCGAGCAGACGCAUGGAGCAGAUAUUCCAUGAAUUAGAUGGGAUGUCCCUACGUGGGUACACCGAAGAUGACAUCGAGGCACGGAUCCGCUCUUUGAGCAAGACCAAGCUCGUGGGUGCGUAUGAGGAAGCGCUGGCACAGUAG